AUGGCUGCAAUAGUAUGGGCCUUUGAUUCAGAACCCUUUAAUGAGCCACACAAUCCAGCAACAAAGGCCGACGAAAUGACGCUCAUCGUAGCCGCUUACAUUGUUUUGGCAGAAAAACGAAAAAAAAGGACACGAAUGUGGAUUCGACCCUACCUAAGUAGGCGUGAUACUUUGGAUUCCGUAGACAAGGAAUUAAUGCUGGAUAAAUACUUAUUUAAAAAUUUUACAAGAAUGUCUAAGAGCGACUUGAAAUUUCUUGUGAACAGAAUUGGACCAAACAUACAAAGGCAAGAUACAAACAUGAGGAAUGCAAUACCUGUGACUACAAGAUUAGCAAUAACUCUACGUACGGUAUUUAGCGACUGGAGAUUCUUUUAA